AUGUCUAAAUUAAAAUCAGUGGCUAUUGUUGGUGCAGGUCCAUCCGGUUUAGUAUGUGCUAAAAUUCUGUUAGAUGAUGGUUUUGAUGUAACUCUUUUUGAUAAACAACGAGAGUUAGGUGGUAUUUGGUGUGCUGAAUCAGCAUAUGCUGAUCUCCACACACAACAACCAGGAAAUACAAUGGCAUUUUCUGAUCUAUUAUAUGGAGAAGAGUUUGAACCUUGGCAAAAAGUUCAUGCUUAUCUACAAAAAUAUGCUGACUUAUUUGAUAUAAACAGGCGAAUUCGUUUUCAAACUCAAGUUGUAUCUAUUGAUAAAGAUGAUAUAAAGAAUGAUACUAUGCCAUGGAUUCUUCAAGUUAAAACAAUUGAUGGUAAAGAUGAAACAUACAAAUUUGACUUUGUCGUUAUAGCUACUGGUCUUUUUUCUAAACCUUAUAUGCCUAAUUUUCGUGGUCAGAACAAGUUUAAUGGAUCUAUUGUUAAUCCAUUUACCAUCAAAUCAGAAGAUCAAAUCAAAGAUAAACGUGUUGUCAUUAUUGGUGGUGGCAAAUGUGCAACUGAUCUAGCAAUCUUGGCUGGACGUUUUGCACGCUCAUGCCAUUUAGUAUUUCGAAAAGCACAUUGGAUGACACCACGUAAAAUUGGUAAUGGUUAUGUACCAGUACGAUAUUUAUGCACCAAAGCAGCAUCCGUUAUUUUCACUCCAUUUCCAACUGCUCCACAUACUGCUCUAUUUCGUUUUCUUCAUCGAAGAUUUCCAAAUUUUUUUAUAAAAAUUAUCAAUAGUAUAUCUGCUGACAUAAUGGCUACUCAUGGAUCUAGUUUAUUCGAUGAUAAAAUAUUUAUUCCUCAACAUUCAUUUCAAAAUGAAGACAACCUUUCAAUAAUAUCAAAAGAUUUUGUACAAUUAAAAAAAGAAGGACGUAUCAUUGGAAAAUUAGCGUCUAUCGAUGCGAUUACGGAUGAAACAACAAUUCGACUUGAUUCAGGAGAAGAAUUACAAGCUGAUAUGAUUAUUUGUGCCACUGGUUUUAUUCGAGAAUUUCCUUUCUUUUCUGAAAGAAAUCAUCAACUAAUGGGCUUUUCAAAAAUAUCCGUCGCAGCAUCUACAGAUGAAGAUACAAUAACAAAUCUUUAUCGUCGAAUUUUACCGGUUGGAAUACCAAAUAUAGGUUUCAUUGGUUUUGGAGGAUCAGUAUAUCAUUGGAUGAUAGCUGAAGUCACAAGUCAUUGGCUAUCGGAAUAUUUUCUCGGACGACUUAUUUUACCUUCCGAAACAAAAAUGCAAGAAGAAAUCAAAACAACACGUGAAUUUCUUCGACAUAUUUUUCAUACAGUUGAUUUUGAUUAUAAGUAUUAUUGGGCAGGACCAAUAGAAAUGUAUUUAAAAGAUAUGGGACUUACACUACAUAGAACAAACAAUUGGAUAACUGAAUAUUUUGGAUUUUAUCGAUCAACACGUUUCAGAGGAUUAGGUGAAGAACGACGAAUAAAAGCUGAAAAAGGGGUUACACCGUAUCAUUGGUAUUAUAGUUUUAAACAUACUAUUUAUCUUUUUCUUCUUCUGAUUCUUCUUUUCUUCAUAUUUAAUUAA